CAGCAGGGUUGACAUGGGACGGCACCCUGGGGAGCAGAGACCAUGGAGUCCCCUGCUCUACUUCUCUGCAAAGGGCUCCUGCUCACAGCCUCACUUUUAACCUGCUGGAACUCACCCACUGCGGCGCUAAGAUCUACCAAAGAAAUGCGGUUUUCUGCAGCUGAAGGGGGGAAGGUUCUUCUCUCUGUUCCUAUUCAGGCAGAGAAUCUUCUCUCCUUUCGCUGGUACAAAGGGAAAGAAGAAGACCAAGAUUUUACAAUUGCCCAUUAUGAAAAGGACACAGAUUCACUUAAAUUUGGGAAUGCAACCAGCGGCAGGGAAGAGGUAUAUAAGGAUGGGUCCAUGAUGCUCCGGGACGUCACCCAGGAAGAUACAGGGAUCUACACCCUAGAAGCCUUUGGAACACAUGAUCACAUUGAAAUAACACAUUUCUACCUCCAGGUGUACAAGAUUGUGACGAAGCCCUACCUCCAAGUCAACACCACUAGAGUCGGGAGACGAAGGAGCGCUACGAUUCUCACCUGUGUAUCCCCUGACACCGGAAUUGACUUCAACUGGUUCUUCAACUACAAGCCCCUCAAUAUAACGGAGAGAACCACCCUGUCACCGGAAGGGCACAAGCUCAUCAUAAGUCCUGUCUGGAGGGCAGAUACAGGGAUCUAUCAGUGUGAGGCCUCCAACUUCUUCAGCUCCAGGAAGUCUGGCCCACUGUUCCUUGUGUUGGCUUAUGGCUAAUGUUGUUCCCUUCCUAUACCAGAGCGCUGUCGGCAGCAGUAAGUUCGCUGCCUUCAUUUUAAAUGCCCUUUUUUGUCCUGUCCCAGUUAAGUUGUUUGUGUGAAAAAUGUGCAGUUGGGUUCCGGAGGGU